AUCUAUCUAUCAUAUAUUGUGUGAAGACCUGGUUCGGGAUGCAGAACAAGCCAGAGCAGGACAGGAAUCAAGAGGCUACGGUCUACUUGGGGAAUCUGGAUGAGCGGUGUACAGAUGCUUUGAUUUGGGAGUUGAUGCUGCAGGCUGGCCCGGUCUCCAACGUGUUCUUACCGAAGGAUCGUAUCUCCAUGUCACACCAGGGUUUUGGAUUCUGCGAAUUUCUCUCUGAAGAUGAUGCCGAGUACGCCGUGAAGAUUAUGAAUCAGAUCAAGUUAUAUGGGAAGCCAAUCAGAGUCAACAAGGCUUCGUAUGAUAAUAGGAAGGAGGUGGAUAUCGGAGCGAACUUGUUCAUUGGAAGUUUGGACGAGCAAGCGGACGAGACUGCCCUGUACGAUGUGUUUAGCACUUUCGGCGCAAUAGCAGAGCAUCCAAAGAUCGCUCGAGAUCCCACGACUGGUCAAUCGAAAGGAUACGGAUUCGUUUCGUACCAUGACUUUGAAGCCGCCGAUAUGGCUAUCGAGAACAUGAACGGUCAAUUCUUUGGUGGAAAGCAAAUCUCGGUGCAGUAUGCUUUCAAGAAGGAUGGAAAGGGAGAGAGGCAUGGUACACAGGCAGAGAGAUUAUUGGCUGCUCAAGCAAAAAAACACGCCAUCGGUCCUGGAACCUCAUAUUCAUACGGAGGCCAAUUCGCCGGUGCUCUCGCCGCUCAGCCUUCUGCCCCAGUCCAGCCAGCAUACCAAUCCGUCGCCUCUCAACCUCCUCCUCCACCGCCACCCGGCAUGCCAGUGUACCAGCCUCAACAAGGCUAUCCAGGUCAAGAUUAUGGUCAAUCAUAUCCCGCCCCACCUGCUGGUUUCCCUGUCGCGAAUGGUUACUCAGGCUAUCAACAGCCAUCACAGCAGGGCGGUGCAGCUCCGCCGCCUCCACCGCCGAUACGGAUGGGAUUCUGAUACAAUGUAUGCAUGUAACAAUACAGAU